UUUGCGAAGGAGUCUUCGAUCUGCCUCCUCUCUCCUCCGCUCGAUCUCUCUCGAGGGUUGCUGCCGCCGCUGAAUCCGACUAGGGUUUUCGGAGAACCUCCCUCGAUCCGCCCCCAAACCCCUCCCGAUCCCGUUCGCCGGUACACGACCGUAUGGCCGAGGAUGCGACUGCCGCGCAAGCGGCGUCGUCCCCGGGGGCGAUCGGGAACAGUUUGAUCCCGAUCGUGAACCGGCUGCAUGACAUAAUUGCCCACCUCGGGAACUCGUCCAGCGCUGAUCUCCAUCUCCCCCAAGUGGCUGUGGUGGGGAGCCAGAGCAGCGGCAAGUCGAGCGUCCUUGAAGCGCUGGUUGGCCGGGACUUCUUGCCGCGGGGGUCAGAUAUUUGCACGCGGCGCCCGCUGGUCCUGCAGCUGGUACACAGGCCGAGGCGAGCGGAUUCGCCGGAAGGAGGGGAGGAGUGGGGAGAGUUCCUCCAUAUUCCUGGGAAGAGGUUUUUUGACUUCAGAGAGAUUCGCCGGGAGAUUCAGGCAGAAACAGAUAAGGAAGCUGGGGAGAACAAGGGUGUUUCUGAUAAGCAGAUUCGCCUAAAGAUUUUCUCUCCAAAUGUCUUGGAUAUUACUCUCGUUGACUUACCGGGAAUUACUAAAGUACCAGUUGGCGACCAACCUAGUGACAUCGAAGCAAGGAUUAGAACAAUGAUAUUUUCUUACAUCAAGCAAAAGACAUGCAUCAUAUUAGCAGUCUCUCCUGCAAAUGCCGACUUGGCAAAUUCUGAUGCACUUCAAAUGGCAAGACUUGCUGAUCCAGAUGGAUCUCGAACAAUUGGUGUCAUCACUAAGUUGGAUAUAAUGGAUAGAGGCACUGAUGCACGCAACUUUUUAUUAGGAAAUAUAAUACCACUUCGUCUUGGUUACGUGGGUGUAGUUAACCGUAGUCAGCAGGAUAUCAACCUGAACCGCAGUAUCAAAGAUGCAUUAGCAUUUGAAGAAAAUUUCUUCCGCAAUCAACCUGCUUAUCAUGGUCUUUCUCAUUGUUGUGGGGUCCCACAGCUAGCAAAGAAAUUGAAUCAAAUUUUGGUUCAACAUAUUAGGAAUGUGCUUCCAGGAUUGAAGUCUCAGAUAAAUGCAGAAUUGGUUACUGUAGCAAAGGAGCAUGCAUCCUUUGGUGAAGUUGCUGAAUCGAAGGCUGCAAUGGGAGUUAAACUGCUAAAUAUCCUAACAAAAUAUUGUGAAGCUUUCUCAUUUAUAGUGGAUGGAAAAAAUGACGAAUUGUCAACAACUGAGCUUUCUGGUGGUGCACGGUUACAUUACAUAUUCCAGUCUAUCUUUGUCAAGUGUCUAGAGGAAAUUGAUCCUUGUAAGGAUAUAAGUGAUGAAGACAUCCGCCUUGCUAUUCAAAAUGCAACUGGCCCAAGAAGUGCACUCUUUGUCCCAGAGGUUCCGUUCGAAGUUUUAGUGCGAAGACAGAUAGGUCGCCUACUGGAUCCAAGCCUUCAGUGUGCAAAAUUUAUUUAUGAUGAAUUAAGAAAGAUGAGCCACCGUUGUUUAGCUGGCGAAUUGCAGCGUUUUCCUGUCCUUCGUAGGUGUAUGGAUGAGGUAAUUGGGAACUUUUUAAGAGAUGGCCUUCAACCUGCAGAGACAAUGAUAACUCAUAUCAUUGAGAUGGAGAUGGAUUACAUUAAUACUUCUCACCCUAGUUUUAUUGGUGGAAGUAAGGCUGUAGAAAAUGCACAGCAGCAGGUUAAAUCUGUUAGAUUGGCAGCGGCAGCAUCUAGAGUAAAGGACGGAACUGACUCAGAUAAGUUGCAAGCUUCUGAAAAAAAACCCCGGGCUGUCCUUGCUAGAUCUUCUGCAAAUGGAGUUGUUCCUGAUAAUCAGGGUGCUCGAACCAUUGGGGACUCUGAACGACCUGGUUCAUCUGGUGGUACAACUGGAACUAGCUGGGUUUCAUCAAUCUUUGGAGGUGUUAGUGAAGAACGAGCACCCCCGGCAAAAGACGUUCCUUCGAAUAAGCCAUAUAACAUGCCUGUUCACAGUUUUGAAAGUUCACUAUCCAUGAUCCAAUUGAGAGAACCACCAAUAAUAUUAAAACCCUCGGAGAAUCAGACAGAGCAGGAGGCUCUGGAGAUAGCCAUCACCAAAUUAUUGCUGAAAUCAUAUUAUGAUAUUGUGAGAAAAAAUAUUGAGGACUCUAUACCAAAGGCUAUAAUGCACUUUCUGGUAAAUCACACAAAACGUGAGUUGCAUAAUGUGUUCAUAAGAAAGCUCUAUAGGGAACACCUAUUUGAAGAAAUGCUACGGGAACCCGAUGAUAUAGCUGCCAGAAGGAAAAAAUGCCGAGAAAAGCUCCGCAUUUUGCAGCAGGUUUACAAGACGCUAGAUGAGAUACCGCUUGAAGCUGAAAGCAUUGAGAAAGGAUAUACACUAGAUGCCAGUGAAAGUAGUCUGCAUGGCCUGCCUUCAUCUUUCUAUGCAGGAAAUAAUGACCUAAUGUCGCCAUACACAGCUUCACCUAAGAAUCCAAAAAGUCGCAAGUCGCAUCACUCUGGCGAGCAACCAUCAGCAAUGUAUUCCAGCUCCGACGUCAAUGGGCUGGUAUCCUAUCCUGUUGUUGAUGCAUGAUCACAGUGUUCCUUUUUAGGCCAGUUUGGAUGUUUGCCUCGUGUAUAGUUUCCUGAGUCGUAGUAGAUAAAGCUGUUAAAGAACUGUGGCAGCUUGCCAUUGGCGUUGGCACUCAUGCUUGAUGCGGAUCUGCUACUGCAGUAUCCAAAUUCAGUUCGAUUUUUUUUUUGAGCAAGUAUGAAGCUAAUCUAUAGAGUUCAUUAUUUUAAGUAUCUUUGGCAGUGACAUAUUCCACUAUCAUUAUAUCAUUUGUUUAGAACAAUCUCAAAAUGUUUUUGGUUAUUGUAAUUGUUAUUUAGUCAAAUUGAUGUUAUUCUACUUGAAGCUUAAUGUCCAAGAUGUGAUUAUUAGUAAA